AUACAUUCCCACCCUUCCUGACUGCCGAGGAAGGAUGAGAUAAGUUACUUCCUCGUCACUGAUUCGAGUAUUGAAAUAUACACUGCUGGGUCCGAAAGACUUGUGUUCAGACAGAACGAUGAAACGUCUAGGUUUUACCGCCUGUCUUGCUGCUUUGUGCAUCGCGAUUAGCCAGGGCGUUAGUCCACCAUUCAUCAAACAAACCAAGUUCAGUACCUGUCCAUUAGGAUGGUCAAGCUGUAGAUAUGGUUCCGACUGUCCAUCUCCUGGAUGCUGUGCUACCAUUGAUCCUGGGCUCCUGAAGUUGAAGUGUUGUGUACCAGGGAACUACCUGACCGUAUUCCAAGCCAAAGGUCGUUGUCCGAGUGCUCCGAUACAGCAAUCAAGAUGUCCAAAUAAUCAGUUUCAACAGCAUGGUGGGAGACAAGUGGUCUGUCCAUACAUCCAGGUCCGGGACCUAUGUAGAAAUGAUGAACAGUGUAACCCUAUCAACAGUAAGCAUCGUUACAGGGUUUGCUGUCCGUACUAUACAUCAACCGGCUGUUACAAAGGUCGUCGGUGUGAGGCCAUAGUUUAAAGACAUCAAUCACAGUUAACUGUUCGGCCAUGAAAAUGAAGUAUUAUGUUUAUAAAGUACUUUCUCUCUAUCUGUAUUACCCGAUUUAUCAUACAAUAAAAGGUGAUAAUCAUUA